AUGAAUCCAAAAAUAUCCCGGGAGAAUUAUUUAUCAGACUACUCUCUGCUCGACUUGAGUGAGGAUGUAAUAAGAGUAUCAUAUUGGAAAGAUUAUGAAGGCAAAAUUGAUCCAUUUACAAAUAAUAUUUUAUUGCCAUUAGUAGUUUACGCUAAUAAUAAUUAGUUGACAGAGGCAUAAUUAAUACAAAAUCAUACAACUACAUCUUUUGGAGACUUAUAUAUACCAAAUAUGAAGUUUGGUUUUUCCUAUUUUGAUAAUUAAAUUUUCACUACAAAUGAAAUGUAUAUAGAAGUAGUGUUAUGUUAAGAAAAAUAUUUAAAGCCAAAUGAAAAAUGUGCUUCUCCAGAACUUACAGAAGAAUUUUUUGCGUAACUAACAAUUUGA